CAUAGCGCUGAGGAGGGGAAAAAAAGAGAGAGAGAGAGAGAGGAGGAGGAGGAGGAGGAGGAUAGCAGAGAGGAGGCGAGGAGAUGCGUGGAACACGCUGUUGAGCGCACACCCAGCCCCCAUCACACGGACGCGACAUGUCUCUCUACGACGUGGAGCACACGCUCUCAGCUCUCCGCUCCUUCAGCCGCCGCAACAUCAAGGAGCUUGAGUAAGAUGGCGAGGUCUGCGCAGGCCUUCAGCCCUCCUCACCUCUGGAGUGCCAGCCCCAGCGCCACCCUGCUGCGCCCCUGAUCCUUACUGCAGCCGUACCCGCUCUCCAGCGCCACUCACCCACUCACCGCCCCCCGCGCCACAGAGCCCCAGUGGCGUGGCCUGUCGCAGGGUGCUUUUUGUCCCUCAGCAGCCACCGUGGAGCCGCAGCAAAGGUCCCCAGACAGCAGCAGUGAGGAGUGCACGGUGCUGGAGGCUCUGCCCAACAAGAUGGCACUGCCCACCUGCGCACAGCACCAGCGCAAGGAGGUGGAGCUGUACUGUGUGCCAUGUGCUGGGCCCGUGUGUGGGGAGUGUGUGAGCGGCGAGCACGCUGACCACACCACAGAGCCCCUCUCGGACGCUGUGGAGAAGCUACGCCACACGCUGCAGGAGAGAGUGACCGCUGCCACAAACAGACUGCCCCAGAUCGCCGUGGCACGCCAGUCGCUGAGAGACAUCCUGCAGCAGCUCAGCGGCCAGAGGAGCUCCAUCGAGGAGGACAUCCACUCCGCCUUCUCCGAGCUCCACAAGACGCUGGACGUGCGCAAGAGCGUGCUGCUGAUGGAGCUGGAGGUCACCUACACCCUCAAGCAGAAGAUUCUGCAGGCCCAGCUGGACGCUCUGCUGCAGGGCGAGGAGAGCAUCACCAGUAGCCGCAGCCUGACCGAGCAGGCGCUGGACGGGGGCAGCGACGCGGCCGUGCUGCUGACCCACGGCGCCGAGGCCGAGAGGCUGAGCGAGCUGGCCAGCCAGGGUCUGCCCCUGCAGCCCGAGGAGAACGACCAGCUGGACCUCUACAUGGAGUCGGAGGAGCUGAAGAAGUCCAUCCACAACCUGGGCACCAUCGUCACCACCAGCGCCGUGGCCAGCCAGACGGAGGCGUCGGGCGAGGGGCUGGAGCAGUGCGCCGUGGGCAUCCCCACCUCCGUCACCAUCGUGACGCGCGACAAAGCCGGCGGGCCGUGCAAGGCCGGGAACGCCGUGAUCUCGGCGGAGGUCUUCACGCCGGACGGCAGCAUCGCCGACGGGGAGAUCCUGGACAAUAAGAACGGGACGUACGACUUCGUCUACACCAUCCAGAAGGAGGGCAACUUCAGCCUGGCCGUGAGGCUGUACGACCAGCACAUCAAGGGCAGCCCCUUCCACCUGCGGGUGACCAGCUCCCCUGACGACUCGCAGGUGCUCUCCACGCCGUCCUCGGCGGCCAACGCCGGCUCGUCCGGCUCGUCGGGCGGCGCCAAGCGACGCGGCGCCAAGUCCCCGGGGUCGGGCAGUCGCAGUCGCCAGAGAGGGGUGCGGCGGGCGGGGAGCAUGUUCAGCACCCCCAAGAAAAAGGCCAACCCCAUAGAGGACGACCUCAUCUUCAAAAUAGGAACGAAAGGGAGAAAUAAAGGGGAGUUCACCAACCUGCAAGGAGUGGCUGCAUCCGCCACAGGAACCAUCCUCAUCGCAGACAGCAAUAACCAAUGCGUGCAGGUGUUUUCCAAUGAAGGGGUGUUCCAAAACCGCUUUGGGGUACGAGGGCGGUCGCCAGGACAACUGCAGCGGCCUACAGGAGUGGCAGUCCAUCCCAAUGGUGACAUCAUCAUCGCUGACUAUGACAACAAGUGGGUCAGCAUCUUCUCCAGCGAAGGGAAAUACAAGGGUAAACUGGGCUCCGGGAGGCUGAUGGGUCCAAAGGGAGUCUCUGUGGACAAUAAUGGACACGUCAUCGUGGUGGACAACAAGGCUUGCACCGUCCUCAUCUUCCAGACCAGUGGCAAGCUCGUCGCCAAGUUCGGUAGCCGUGGAAACGGAGAUAAACAGUUUGCAGGACCACACUUCGCUGCAGUGAACGGCAACAAUGACAUCAUAAUCACAGAUUUCCACAACCAUUCUGUAAAGGUGUUCAAUACAGACGGAGAACUGCUACUGAAGUUUGGUUCAAACGGUGAGGGCAAUGGGCAGUUCAAUGCUCCGACUGGUGUUGCAGUAGACGCCAAUGGGAACAUCAUUGUGGCAGACUGGGGGAACAGUAGGAUACAGGUGUUCGAUAGCAGUGGCUCUUUCCUCUCCUACAUCAACACAUCGGCUGACCCCCUGUAUGGUCCCCAGGGCCUGGCCCUCACCUCUGAUGGCCAUGUGGUGGUCGCCGACUCUGGGAACCACUGCUUCAAGGUGUACCGCUACCUACAAUAAACAACGGGGAAGUGUUUCUAACCCAACCAGACCCCAGAUGCACCCCACCACCCGCAGUCUCUGGCAAACUGGAAAAGUUUCUCAAAACGGAACUAAAACAGAAAUCGGCUCCAAAGGAGCUUUUGUUUAGGGCCCCCACUCACACACCACUUCCGAUUUCCUGUACUAAAAACAAGAGGAGAUUUUCACUGGGUUAUGCCUCCUCUCUCCCCAUGGCAGUCCUCAUCGCCUGGGGCAUUUCAGACAUCUCAAAAAACAAUUUUGCAAAGUGCCAUCCCCAUUACCAAGUACACCAGAAUUUUAGUUCAGAAUGGGCAUGUCUGGUAAUCUUGUAAUGCAAAAAGGGAAUGUUUCAUUCUUUAUUUAGGCCUUUGGGUGCCUAGUACAACAUGUUUGACCCUGGUUUAUGUCAUUGCAACAAUUACAGAACAGAGAAAAGAACUAGAGUUACUGUGCGGCAGUGGUAUGCCUUCACACAGUCCUUAAUUUGAGUGGCAAGGCAUGUGCAUUAUAGAGUGGUACGGAAUUGAACCAGUUGAUUAGUCCAAGUGGUGAAUGUUCAUACCAAAUUUGAAGAACGUACGUGCCUCAAGGCAUUCUUGAGAUAUCAAGACGUUCACGAGAAUGUGACAAAGAUUUGGUCACAGUGACAAUGAAUUCUGACCUCCAAAAUCAAUCCAGUCCAUGUUAGAGUUAAUGUUAAAGUUCACACCAAAUUUGAAGAACAUGCCUGAAGGCAUUCUUGAGAUAUUGUGUUCACGAGAACAGGGCAUACAUAUAGUCAGAGUGACCUUGGACUUCCACAAUCAAAGCAGUUCAUCUUAGAGUCCAAGUAAACUUUCACACACAAUUUGAAGCUCGUGCCUAGAAGCAUUGUUGAUAUAUGACGUUUACGAGAUCAGGACUGACAGACGUAUGGACAACUCGAAAACAUGCCGGUGCGGAGUUAUAAAAAACAGCAAACAACAUGGCUGUUCAAGACACUACAAGUUACUGUAGUUGUGCUGACAUCUCUUGAAACAUAUAUAAGGACAGCAUACCAUAUGACCGCAAAAUAUAUCAAAUAAUAGUGCCAUUAAUGGAACAGCCAGCAAGCAAUACAGCUCCCAUAGGCCACCUCACGUCCAAAGACAAGAAAAAUAAUACAUGGCCCUUAAAAUAGCUGUUUCCUGUGGAGAGAACACCUCAAGCAUGUUUUGCUUCCUCCAAAAUCUCUUGCUUGAUAAUAUCUUAACCGAAGGAUGUGUCCAUUUCAAUCCCUGGUCCAAAAUAAACCUAUGCUUGAUCAAGGCAGAUUAUAGAUAUUGACUGGUUAUUGUAAUCCUAACAAAAGAGACAUAAAUCAUUUUUACUACUUGUUUAAUGGGGACAAAUUCAUGAAUAAUGCGCAAUUGGCAUUUAACAAUGUGUUGCCUAAAGCCAAGUGAACUUGUGGAUUGGACUUUGAUCCCACAGUCCAUUAUAAUAUUUCUACAUAGAGAUAUUCUGCUUGUCACUUUGUAAUUUUGAGUCUGCACACCCUUUAGCUAUUUUUUGCUAUCAAUAUAGUGAAAUGAUGUCCAUGAAAAUGCACUAUUUUAGAAUUAGGCUAUAGCUUUUCUAACAGUCAUACAAAAUAACAGCUGUUCAACACAAAGGUAGGGUUCUGCUCAAUAUAAGCUCUUCGUCAUUUCGCGAGUUUUGCAAGUUGUCGUCCCAAAAAGGAAGAGUACAUUUGUCUAUUUUUAAUAAAUAAUAGUUUGAAAAGUCACUCUAUUCAGAAAUGUCAGUCAUUUGACAGGAUUUUACUGUUGCAUUCCACAAUAAAGACCAAGCUUGGGCAUGAUAUUGCUUGCCUGUUAGAUGUUAGUUAUCACUGUAUACCAGAGCAACUUGCAUGUGUUAUACCACAAAUCGUGGCACUAGGCUACAGCUAAAUAACAAAAAAAACAAUAUAAAAAAUAGCAGCAUCUUUAUCAACGCACUGAUUCAUUCUCACUUUAAAUGUUAUGUUGGCUUUUUUGUCAGACAAACUCAUUCAUACAACUUUACACUAUUAUGUUCCACAUUGUAACGUUUACAUUUAUGAAGCUGGUGUUAUUUAUCAAGUAUUGCACUUAAAGAAUGUAUAUUUAUUUCAGAUUGUGUUUUUCUAUACAGUAUUAUUUGGAUAUUGUUUUGAAUUAUCAUGAAUGUUAUUUUUUAUAAGCCAUGAUGAUUUGUGUUCACGUUGGAAGAAGAUUGUGUAGACGUAAGAUUCAACCGAAUGUUCAUCGUUCAUGCCUCAAUUUCAGCCUUAACGUAAAUUUUGUCUCAAAUGUAAUUAUUUUAUCCAUUUAAAGCAGUGCUAGUUCAAUCAACAACAUGUGACUGACUUUACAAGAAUCAAUUUUCCCAUAGAUCUUCUACCUUCACUCUGAUGUCAGAUUGUUUCCAUACAGCCGAGACCUUCAGUACAGUACAGUUAAUUCUUCACUGCUAAUGUACAACGCAUCAAUAAAGGACUGAGUAGAUCAUGGA